GCCGGGGCUGGGCUGAGGGCGGCUGCGCCGAGCCAGGAGGCCGGGCCUGGGGCCGUUCGGUCAAAGGUCCCUCGGCGGGGCUCGGAGUCAACCCGAGAGAAGUUGCCUCGGAGGGAGCGAAAUGGCUGAACAAACUGCAGAGGGGGCAGAGCUAAAAGUGAUGACCAGUAUCCACUUUGGGAAUUUGUAGCGGAUGAAUUGGCUGCCAGGAUGCUGCAUUGCUUGACCUGAAAAUGGGUGUUAAUGCAUCUAACUACCCUCACUCUUUCUCUCAGAGGGUAGGAGGAAAUUCACAGGCUCAACAGACAUUCAUAGGAACAUCCUCUUACCUACAUCAAGGAUAUGGAUGUGAAUCAAAAUUAUAUAGCCUUGAACAUAGCCAUGAGAAACCACAAGACAAAAAGAAAAAGAGUUCUGGCCUCGCGACACUGAAAAAGAAAUUUAUAAAAAGGCGUAAAUCUAAUCGCUCUGCCGACCAUGCUAAGCAGAUGCGUGAGCUGCUUUCUGGAUGGGAUGUAAGGGAUGUAAAUGCAUUAGUGGAAGAAUAUGAAGGUACUGCGGCUUUAAAGGAGCUUUCAUUGCAAGGUAAUUUGGCACGACCAGAUGCACGGACCUUGCAAAGAGACCUAGCAGAUCUUUACGAAUACAAGUACUGCACUGAUGUUGAUUUAAUAUUUCAAGACACUUGCUUUCCUGUACAUCGUGCUAUUUUGGCUGCUAGAUGUCCCUUUUUUAAGAUGCUGCUUUCAUCAUCGCCUGAAUAUGGUGCUGAGAUUAUGAUGGACAUUAACACAGCUGGCAUAGAUUUGCCUAUGUUUUCAGCUCUAUUACAUUACCUGUACACCGGAGAAUUUGGAAUAGAGGACUCUAGGUUCCAAAAUGUCGAUAUCCUGGUACAACUCACUGAAGAAUUUGGAACCCCAAAUUCAUUGGAUGUCGAUAUGCGAGAACUUUUUGAUAACAUGUGCUAUUAUGAUGCUAUUCUUGGCUUUUCAUCUGAUUCACAAUUUGUGGAAGCAUUUGGAAGAAGUUCAGGUUGUUUGGGUGAGGAACUGUGUGGGCAUAAGGCUGUUCUAUCUGCACGUUCCCCAUUUUUUAGAAAUCUUCUCCAAAGACGUAUAAGGACUGGUGAAGAAAUCACAGAUCGAACUCUGCAGACACCAACUAGAAUCAUACUUGAUGAGUCUAUCAUUCCAAAGAAAUAUGCAAAAGUAAUUUUACAUUGCAUGUAUACCGAUUUAGUGGAUUUGUCUCUUGUACUACACUGCAAUCCAUCUGUGGGGAGCCUCAGUGAAGUCCAAGCAAUGGUUGCAGGAAAAGGUAACAUGUCGAGAGCUGAAGAAGCAAUGGAACUUUACCACAUAGCUCUUUUUCUGGAAUUCAACAUGCUUGCUCAAGGAUGUGAAGAUAUUGUGAUGGAGAGCAUCUCCCUCGACACACUGAUUUCCAUUCUGAAGUGGAGUUCGCAACCUUAUGGCUCUAAAUGGGUUUACCGACAGGCAAUUAAUUUCUUGUGUGAGGAGUUCACUUCAGUCAUGACCUCUGAUGUAUUCUUUGAGCUCAGCAUGGAUUACUUGCCUGUUGUGCUUCAGUCAGACUAUUUGCAGGCUAGUGAGCAAGAUAUCUUGAAAUACAUGAACAAAUGGGGAGAGCAUCAGCUCAUCAAACAGAUGGCAGAGAGAGAGCCAAACCUGCUGAGUGGAACUGCACACAGUGUAAACAAGCGAGGUGUAAAGCGACGUGAUCUUGACAUAGAGGAACUAAAAGAGAUUUUGUCUCCAGUGCUGCCUCAUAUUCGCAUAGAUCAUAUCCUUCCCACAAACAGUGAGAUUCUUAAUGAUGCUAUAAAGAGGGGACUGAUUAGCACACCACCAUCAGAUAUGCUACCAACAGCUGAAGGUGGAAAGUCUCAUGCCUGGCUACGUCAAAAGAAUUCUGGGAUAUACGUGAAACCUCGCUUAUUUGCACCAUAUGUGGAGGAGGCAAAGACUGUUUUGGACGAGAUGAUGGUGGAACAGACCGAUCUUGUCCGGCUGCGAAUGGUUCGCAUGUCCAAUGUACCAGACACGCUAUACAUGGUGAACAGUGCUGUGCCACAGUGCUGUCACUUAAUGAGUCACCAGCCAAUAGGUGUACCAUCCAACCCUCCUUCAAUCAUUGCCAAUGAAAUUCCUGUACCCCCCUUGAAAAUGGUAAAGGAUAUGAUCAGGCGCCUUCAAGAACUUAGACAUACAGAUCAGGUACAGCGAGCGUACGCAUUGAACUGUGGGGAAGGAGCAACCGUAAGCUACGAAAUUCAGAUACGAGUAUUGAGGGAAUUUAACCUCCCAGAUGCUGCUGUCGAACUGCUUCAGAACCCUCAUAAGUUCUUUCCUCAUGAACGAUUUGGUGAUGAAAGUCCAGUGCUGGCUAUUCGUCAGCAUGGUCACUGCAGGAUGAACAGUUCACCGGCUGGAGAACAUGGUGAUAUUGAGCCCUAUGCAGCAUUCCAUCCACCUUUACCACCACCACCACCACCAUACCACCCACCUGCUGCAUCAACACAUGAAAAGCACAAGAUAGAUUUGAAGCAGAGGCUGCCUGGUCAACUUUCAUCCCGCUCCUUAUCGUACCCAUGUAAUCGUUCUUUGCAUUAUUUUGGGCUAAACUCCAGACCCAUUUAUACAUCUGGUGGUAAACUAAUGCCUCCUGAUUGCACCAAUUCUGCCAGAUUGGCCCAGAUACAAACAGAUAUAGGGAAUGCUGAAGGUGCCUUGAAUGAACUGAUGCCAGACAUUGCAGUUGGUGUGACAUCCUUGAGUAACUUGUCACUUAAGGAUAGAAGGUUUCCAGAACCUGCUUUAAGUACUGAAGUAAACCAAAUGGCUUCAGAUUCUGCUUCCUUUCCACGCCCUGCACCGUAUUUACACAGUAAAUAUGCACAUGGUGUGAGGAGAAAACCUAGUGAGCUGAAGGCAGAAUCUCGGGAAGGCUUUCAGGAGUAUCCUGAUCUGUAUGACUUCUCCAUUGCAGCUUGCAGGCCAUACACUCCAGGAACAAGCAGGCACACGUUGGCUCCUUCACAACGAAAGUAUUUUGGCCCAGAUUUAUACUGUCACAGUAGACCAGCAGCAGGAAGCUUCAAGAUGACUUCUCUUUGUAGUGAUACUUCUGGUAAACCAGUAGAAUCAAGGAGAGAAUAUUUACUUCCUCCUGAAGCCCAACAGCCAAGACCCAGUGACCCACCAUAUUUUGAUUUCCUGGAGCAGCCUCCACACAGGCUGGACUUGGCACUGAAGCAGGAGUCUAGUGGGGGCUCUUUGCAUACCAGAAGCAGGGGGUUAAUGGAAACAGAUCUGACUUAUGGCCUCUCAGCCAGUCAUACUCUGAGUGUGCCCUGCAGCUCUGAGAAUCGUGAGGCUAGCUGCAGUAGAAGGUCAUCAGAUGGUGACAUGCUGGAGCCUGGGCCUAGUGCUCAGCAUCACAGAAACAUUCGGAACAAUAGGGAAGAUACGCUAAGCCGAGAAAGGAGGUCACCAAACAGACCUGAUCUCCCGUACAAAAAAUCAGCUCUUUAAUGAUGGUAGUAAUCCAACGUGCUUUUUCAACAGAUGACUCCAUUGUUAACUUUACUUUCAUAUGUUUUGUACAUAAUGUUUCUACCUUGAACUGAAUAAUUUCUAGGUGGUUUUCUAUGACUUUUGUGAUAUCUUGGGAGACCAAGUCAUGCACCAGUAUUGCCAUCCUUUCUAAUGUUCAAAUAGUCUACUAAUCGAGUUUACCAUUUAAAAAAAAUGCUUGAUCUUUUACCUCCUUUUUACAGGUCUGUUUUAGAAAAAAAAACACUUCAGUGUCUUUGUGUAUUGAAUUACAAUUGUGUAAUAUUUAAUGGUGAAAAGUACUCUGGUGAUACGCAUUGACAUAUUUUCUCAUUUUCGAGAAAGUUUUUAGUCUUUAAAGACUGGGCAGUAUUCUUUUUAAGUAUACUCAGCAUUGGAAUACAUGUGCAAGGGAAGAAUGUCUUUUAUUCUACUGGCCAACUGCCUGUAUUCAGAGCACAGAUCCUUGUCAGUCUAAAGCUGUAGUCUUAAUCUUGGGACAAUCAGAUUGCUGUGACAAUCGGUUUAUAGGAUUAAUGUUUUAAUAUGAGAAGCUGAAUCCCAAAGGCAGAAAUACUAGCAACAUGGAUAAAGCAGCUAAAGUUCCCAAUGAAGCUGCUGUGAUAUCAUUUGCUUAAUCAUUGAUCUAUGGUUGGACACGUGAAACUUCUUGGCCUUUUUCCUCAUUAUUUGGUUUGUUAGCUGCUUUUCAAAUUUCUGCAUGGGUAGAUUAAUGUUGGUCUCUAAAAUAAGUUUCCAACACUUAAAAUAUAGUAUUAGCUCCUGUGAGGGAAAAACUAGAAUGCAAAUUGUGUAUGAUUUUAAAUUCUCUGUUUUUCCCUUGCUGCAUCCAAGUAGGUUUUGCAUAUUGCACAUAUUUAAGAUGUUACAGCUUCCUUUCUGUGGGACUUUCUUGAUGUCCAACACAUGCUGCAAGUUUCAUGUUCACUUCCCUGGUGACAGUAAAAUCCAGGCCUAACUUUACAGGCAGAUUUGUACAGUCAGAAGGGAUUAAAACUGUAAAUCUAAUCCUGGAGGCAGGGUAGGACAUCUAGGGGACUUGGAUCAUUGAUUGUAGUUGCUUUAGCUCUAUUUUGCCAAGUAUCCAGGUUCUACAAUAGUUUUCAGAAACUUCUAUUCUCUUGAACUUGCAUUUGUGAGUUGUAUAAGUUAUAAAUUUGAUCGUGGUGUUUUAAAUUUUAUUAUUUCUGAUCUACAGUGUAAACUAAUUUGAUGUAUUUGUGCAGAUUUUCUUUAUCAGAUCCUUCCUGUUCAACUUCCUGUCUGUGUGCAGCAGCAGGAUUAGAAUUAGGAGAAUUCAAAGCUUUGUGUGCUGAUUUCCAAUGCAAAGUACUGGUGGCACGAAGCCUUUAAUUAUUCAGUGUUACAAUACAACCUUGUUUAUCAUUUCAGGGUACUAGAGUUGGUGAACUGGUGUUAGAUUGAAAAUCUGAAUCCUGAAAUGAAGAUUCUAAAAUUACACACAAACUUUAGUUCAAUGGCUGCCACAAACUUGAGAGUUAGUUAUUUCAAUGUGUUAUCUGUGGUUCAUUCGGCUGUACAGAGUCAGGUUCUGGUUCCAAUCAAAAGAUGAUAAUCUAGCCUAAUGUACCAGUGUUUUGCCGUGGGAGUGCUGCACUAUCAGGAGGUACCACCACCUGGAUGAGAUUAAAAUGUUUUGUUUGCAUUUUCAUGGUUGUAUACUGGGGAUAGCUGCACUGUUUCAAUGUUUACUUUAACAGAUUAUCUUGGAAGUUUCAAGCACAUGAUUGGAAAUCAGCAAAGCUAACUUUUUUCCUAUUAGUUUUUAAUCAAUAUGUAACAGUGCUUGUUUUCUGCAACAAACAACUGGGUUAAAAUAAUAAAAACUGCCUGCAAAUCUGUCUGCAUUGCCACAGAUAACUGUCCAGCCUUUUCCAAGUAUAAGUAUAGGAUAAACAACUAUUGAAACUCGUCAUGUCCCGGUACAUGCACAGCAUCCUAAAGCUGCCUGAUCUAAUGCUAUUUUUGUAUAUUGUUCCAAACUGCAUUUGUGUUUGUAUCUUUCUCCCUCACCCACAUACCCUCUUUCCCUCUCCAUUGCAUGCUGUUUACCAAUUUGAUUUUGGUUAAAUUAGAAUAUUGGAAAUCAUUUAAAGAUGAGUUUUGUGCUUGGUAGCAAAAGCUUUUUUAAAAACUUGCAUUGCUAGUGUUUAAUUCUUUAAUGAUUUUGUUUUGGAUGCUUCUGAUCUAAACUGUUACUGGGAUACAGUAAAGUGCCUUCCAUACUAAAGGCUCAAGUAUCAGUAAUUUAGAUCAAAUGUCCUAUGCAAGUGUUUUCUACAAACAGCAUAACCAUCUUUGUUGAUUCUAUAAUGCUUCAAUGUAUAUAAUGUUUUUUAAAGAGAUGACUAUUUUUAUUUUAGCAUCUUAAUGAAAUUAUUGCUUAGUGAAAUGCAUUUCCCUAUUGAGUACUAUAGCAGUUGUACAGAAUCUCUGAUCUAUUUUUCUACUGUUUCUGGGGGGAAAGCAUGUAACAAAUUCUAAACUGGCAUAUAGUUGGUGUUCUAAUUAAAUGGCCUAUGGAAUGUUUCAUUUUGAUUGUGAAAUUAAUCCAUAUUUUUAUUAAAAUGGA